AUGAAAAUGUGGGAAGAAUGGACUGAUGAAUAUUUUAUAAAAAUUUUUUUUGAUUGGAAUAUAUUCAUAAAAUAUUCAAAAGAUAAUGAAUUUAAAGAUUUAGAAGAAAAUGUAAAAAAUAACCUUAUGAAUUCGAAAAAUUUUAAUUUAAAUGAUGAUGUUGAUAAAGAUACUGAAGAUCAUGUUUUAUUAAUACUUCGUUCUUUCAUUAAAGAAAAAAAAUAUAUUGAUGUUUCUGAAUACUUAGUUAAUAUUAUUUUAAGAUGGAAUUAUUAUACUAGUUUAAGGAGUGAAAAAGAGUUAGAUUUAAAUUCUAUAAUAAAUAGAUUAAAAAUAGAUUUAGAUAUACAUAUAUUACCCGAUGUUUAUAAUGAUUUUGAAGAAUAUUUUUACGCAUAUUUCCCCUUAUUUUUAAUAGAAACACAACAAUUAAUAAAUAAUAAGAAAGAAAAUGAAGAUGUGAAAGAAUACGAUGUAACCAUAGUAAACGAUAUAAAAGAAAUGUUUAACUUUGAUUUCUAUAUCAAUUUAGCAUAUGAUAAUUUAAUUUAUUCUAAUAUUUUUUAUGGUGAUCUAGUUUUAUUAAGAUUUAUACCAAAGAAAACAGCAAAAAUGGAUUCAAAUAAUUUUUACUCUCCUGUAUUUUCAAAAAAAAACACAGAAAUUCUGUUAAAUUCUUCACAAAAUAAUGAUAAUGACAAUUUAUCAGUUGAUUCUUUCCCUUCAUGUGAUAAUUCUCAGAAAUCAUUAAAUUUUGAAGAAACAAAUAAUUUAAAAAAUUUAACAAUUUUUUAUGAUGAAUAUGAAAAUAAUAAAGAAAAUUUCGUAAGUGUUGAAAAAAAUAUGGAAAAGAAUGAAAAAUUAAAAGAAUAUAAUAGUUCUGAUAAAACAUAUUACAGUGAAUUAAAAAAUGAAGAUAAUAAAAAUGCUAAUGAAGAUAACUUCAAUAAAGACGAAAAAAUAAAUAAUAACGGAUCCUAUAAUAAUUUAGAGGAAGAAAAAAACGAUGAAACUAAUGAUGAUAUAUAUAUGAUUAGAAAAUAUUGUGUACGUCAUUUGUUAGGUUAUGUAGUUUCAAAAAAUAAAGAAAAUAUUAAAAUUAAAUUCAACUUAAAUUAUAAAAAUUUUGACAUUAUUGAUAAAGUAAGAAAGGACAUAAUUUAUGAAAUUUUCUGUAAAGGAAAGUUAAGUGAAUACUUUAUUCGUAUAUCAAAAGUAACUAGCUUAAUGUCAACACUUAAAUUAUUUAAUUGUUUAUUUAAUUUUAGAAAUUCUUCCAUAUUAAAUGAAAUUAUUGAAAACAAAGAAAGUAAAAAUAGCUUUAUCGUCAAUUCAGAACAAACAAAAAAACGUAAAAAAAAUGAAAUAAUUAAUGAAGAUAAUGAAAAAAUAGAAACAUAUAGUGAUAUAAAUACAAAUAAAGAUAAAAUUUUAAAAAAUAAUAAUAAUGAAUUGCAAGAUGUUCAUUUAAAUGGUGCAUUAAACGAAGAUUAUUUAAAAGAAAAAAUUAAACAUUAUUUAAAAAAAUAUUUAUCGUUAAUAGAAAAUAAUGGAGAAAUUACUGUUAAAGAUGAUGAACAUUAUACUUUAAUUGAAAAUAAUUUUGAUGAGAAUGAUUUUAGUAAAGAUGAUUAUAAUGAAAUUAGCGAAAAUAAUACAAUACAUGUAACAACAGGAAAAAUAAGCCAUAACAAAAAUUUUCAUGAAUAUGAAGGUUUUAAAUAUAUACCAGUGUUGUUAAAAAAAAAAUUUUUUAAUAUGUAUAAUAAAUAUCAACUGAGAGCUAUAAAUAAUAGUAUUAUAAAUGAUGGUAUAACGCUAAUUCAAGGCCCACCAGGAACAGGAAAAACAACUACUAUUUUAGGUAUUAUAAGUGCUUUAAUUUUCUUUCAAGAAAAUGAAAUGGUUACAAAAGAAUCACUUACAAACAAAAAGUUCUCUAUUAAUUUAGAGAAUGAAAAAAAAAAGAAAAGCCCAUAUGUAUGGCUUAAUUAUGACAAAAAUGAUGAUUAUUGUUAUAUUAAUGAAAAUUGCUUUGAUGCAAUGGAAUAUGAAGAUUUUCAUCAUUUUCAAGAAAAUGAUGAAGAUGAAAAUAAAAAUGUUUUUCAAUUUAAUAAAAACAAAAACAAUAAAAAUGAAAAUAAUUAUGCAUAUGCCAUACACCUCAGUAUUAUGAAUGCAUCAAAUAGAACAUCAAAAUCCGAUGAGGGAUUAAGCAUUAAUACGAAUGAAGAAGAUAUUUAUAAAAAUAAUGAAAAUAGAAUUAAAAAUGUAAUAGGUUUAACAGAGUCAUAUUAUAAUUCUUAUGUAAACAAUGAUUAUUUGUCAAAAAAAACAGAUUCUUUAGAAAAAAAUGUAAAUGAAAAAUAUGACUACUCUUACUACGUUAAAGAUGCGAAUAUACAAAUAAAUCCAAAAGAAAAUUUUGAAGAAAAUAGUUUUAAUGGGGAAAUAAAUAAUGAAGAAAAGUUUAUAAGAAAAAAUAUAAAAUAUAGAGCAAUUGAUCAAAAAGAAAUAAACAAAGAUAAUAAUGAAAAAAUUAUAAAAGACAUGAAGGAACAAAAAAUGAGUAAAUUGAAUUUAAUAAAAAACAAGAAAAUUUUGGUUUGUGCUCCAUCUAAUGCAGCUAUAGAUGAAAUAUUAAGAAGAUUAAUUACAGCAAAUAGAGGAAUAUUAGAUGAAAAUGGAAAUCCAUUUAAUCCUAUCGUAACUAGAAUAGGAGGGAAUGUAAGUACAGAUUUAUUGGAAUUCAGUUUAGAAUUCAAAGAACAGCUAUUAUUAUUAUUAAACAAAAAUGACGAAAACAAAUUUAUUAAAAGAAACCUUUUAAAAACAUCUACUAUUAUUUGUUCCACCUUGUCUUCUAGUUCUAAUGCUUCAUUAAUAAACUACAUAGAUUAUUUUGAUGCAAUUAUUAUAGAUGAAGCGUCACAAUCUGUUGAAUUAGAUAUACUAAUUCCUUUGUCAUUUUCAUGCAAAAAAAUUAUAUUAGUAGGAGAUCCAAAACAAUUAUCAGCUACUGUUUUUUCGUUAUUUGCAAAAAAAUAUAAAUAUUCUAGAUCACUUUUUGAAAGGUUACAAAAAAAAUAUAAAUUGAAUAAAUCAAAAUAUAAUUUAUUAUCUAUUCAAUAUAGAAUGCAUCCAGAAAUUUCUCAGUUUCCCAAAAAAUAUUACUACAAAAAUAAGAUUACAGAUGCAUCUUAUUUUCUAUUUAUACUACUUAAAGAAAUAGAAAUAAAUAAAUAUAUUAAAGAAAUAAAAAAUAAAGAAAGUGAUUAUAUAAAAAAUUUUUUAUGUAAUUUCGAUUUAUUUAACUUUAUUGAAAACAAAUUUGGUAACUUGCCUAAAAAUUUUAAUGAUAUAAUUCUAUGUAAAAAAAAUCAAGGGUUAAUUGACUGGUUUUUCAUACCUUUGUUACAACAUAGUGUAUUUUACGAUAUAUCAUUUUCUAAACAAAAAAAAAUUAAAAAUUCAUAUAUUAACAUUGAAGAAAGUGAAGCCGUUUUACAAUUUAUUGAAUUUUUAGAUUAUAUUUUUACUUCAGAAAAUAUACAUGAAUGGUAUAAAAGAAUAGGUAUCAUAACUCCAUAUUCUACAGAAAAAUAUUUUCUAAAAAAGGAAUUAAAUGUUUUUUUUACAAAAAGAGGUUAUAAAAAUAAUAUUUCUAAUUUUAUUGAUAUAGGAACAGUUGAUGGAUUUCAAGGAACAGAAAAAGAUAUUAUAAUUUUUGUAUGUGUGAGAACGAAAGGAUUAUUUAAAAAAAAAAAAAAAAAAAAAAAUUCACUUGAUGAAAAUGAGGAUUUAUUAAAUUCUAAUUCAGAAUCAUCUGUAGAUGAAAUAGAUGAGUCAAAUUUAUUUUUUUCUAAUUACAAAAGAUUAAAUGUUGCUUUAACUAGAGCUCGAUAUAAUUUAUUUAUUUUUGGCAACUGCAACUUUUUAAAAAAUUGUGAUUCGUGGUAUAAAAUUAUUCAACAUUAUAAAAUAAAUAAUAAAAUUAUAAAAAUAAAACAUAAAAAGUUUCUUACACAUAUGAAUAUUUUAUCAGAUAAUAUUAAUGAAGAGAAUAUAUUUGAUGAUAAAUUACAAAUACUUAAUAAAAAAAUUGAAAAUUCAUUUUAUAAUAAAAAUAUUAUUGAUUAUAAUUUUUUACCAAAUAAUGAAAAAGAAAAUCCUCCAUUUGAUAUAAAGAAUUUUCUUUUUUCUAAUGAAGUAAGCCAAUAUAAAAGUGAUAUAGAAAAUGAAAUUAAUGAUAAAAAUACUAAUUAUAUUGAAACAAAAGCAAAAACAAAUAAAGAUCAAAAUGAGAUUGAUAUCAUCAAUUUUUUUAAAGAACUAGAUAUUGAUAACUUUGAAACAAUGAGUACAUUAAAUUAUUCAACAAAUGAGAUUAAAGAAGAAGAUGAUAAAAAUAAUAAAGAAUACAAAGUUUUAUCUAAAGAUGAAAGCGAAUAUAAAGAAAAAAAAAAAAGAGGAGAAAAUGAAAAAGAGUACGAAGGUAAAGAUGAAAACGAAUUAAGUAAAAAGGAUGUUGUUAAGAAAAAAUCAGAACAAACAAAAGUUGUAAACGACGAAAAAGAUAAAAAUAGAGAAGAAAAUAUAUUGGAAGAAAACAAAGACGAACAAAUAAAUGAUUUCAAUUUGGAAAAAAGAGUUGAUACAUCAUAUAUAUGUAAUUCAGAAAAUAAAGAGGAUAUAAAAGUUGAAUUCAGUAAAGUACACAUUAAGAAAGCAUAUAAUCAUCAUAGUAUCAAUGGAAAUGAGAAUAAAAUAAAUGAUCCUUCAUAUGAAGGUAAAAUAUAUUUAAAAAAUAAAAAUUACUUUAUUGACACACUUUAUAAUUAUUGUAAAGCAAAUAAGGAGUUAUAUAUAGCAGUGACAAGUAUUUUACCCAAUUUUUGUAAAAAUUUUCUAUAA